AUGUCGAAGGUUGUGCGCAGUGUCAAGAAUGUCACAAAGGGGUACUCUUCUGUCCAGGUCAAGGUUCGAAAUGCUACAAGUAACGAUCCCUGGGGCCCGACGGGUACCGAUAUGGCUGAAAUCGCGGCUAUGACUUUUGGAAGCCCGAACGAGUUCUACGAGAUCAUGGAUAUGAUCGAUAAGCGACUCAAUGAUAAGGGAAAGAACUGGCGCCACGUGCUGAAGUCGCUGAAGGUUCUAGAUUACUGUCUGCACGAGGGUUCAGAGUUAGUAGUGACCUGGGCUCGAAAGAAUGUCUAUAUCAUCAAGACUCUGCGUGAGUUCCAGUACGUUGAUGAGGAGGGUCGCGACGUGGGUCAGAACGUCCGUGUGGCCGCAAAAGAACUCACCGCGCUGGUUCUGGAUGAGGACCGCCUGCGAAGCGAACGAUCUGACCGCAAGCUCUGGAAGACUCGUGUCAGUGGACUUGACGAGGGACAAGGAUUUGGCAAUGAACCCCCUCGCCGGGAGCGACGAGCUAGACGCCAGGGUGCCGACGAGGAUGAUACCGAGUACCGACUAGCUAUCGAAGCCAGCAAGGCCGAAGCCGAGGAGGAGCGCCGACGACGGGCCAAGGAGACAAACAACGGCCACGAAGAUGAGGACUUGGCCAAAGCUAUAAAACUCAGCAGGGAAGAGGAGGACUUGCGCAAACGAGAAUUGGAGGAAAGCAACGCCCAUGCGCUCUUUGACGACACUCCGGCUCAGGUUCAACCUACCGGGUUCAACCAGGGUUAUCAGCAGCAGGGUGCGGUCGACUGGUUCGGCAACCCCAUCAACGUUCAGCAACCCAUGACCACCGGAUACUUGAACAACCAAUACGCGCAACCUACUGGAUUCCAGCAGCAACCCACUGGUGCCAACCCUUACGCGAAUGGUUACCAGCAGCAAUCCGCGUUUGACCAGAAUCCCUACGGACAACAGCAACAGAACAACUUCCUGCAACCUCAGGCUGCCGCUCUUCAGCAGCAGAACACUGCAUUCCACAACAACAACCCAUACGGUGCCAACGAUGCCUUCUCCCAGCAGCAGCAGCAGCAGCAGCAGCAGCAGCAGCAGCAACACCAGCAGCCUCAGGAGAACUACCUGUCCGCCGGUACCAACAAUCCUUGGGGUUCGAAUCAGCCUGCCGAUGCAUUGAGGCCUAUGCCCACAGGCUCGAACAACCCAUUUGCUCAGCGUACUCAGAAUCAAUUCAACAGCCAACCCCAGUCUACAGGACCUCCAUCCCUCAACACACUUUCAGAGAACCAGGCAACAACGAAGUUCAACAACCCCAUUACCCAGUUCUCUCAGACAAAUCAGCAGCCAUUCAAUCAAGCCUCUCCUCAGACGCAUCAGAACCCAAUCUCCAACUUCCAAGCUCCUCAGCCACCAAAGAGCACUCCUCCCCAAAUAUCCCAAGACCCCCACACUGCUCGCCUAAACGCCCUCCUCGCUUCCGGCGAGGGCCAGGACACUUUCGGCAACGUUGGAGACCUUCGUAUCCCAGCUCAACACACUGCACCUGGCACUUUCGUUAACUCUGCUGGUCAAGGGUUGGACCGACUCCACGCUAACCAAACGGGUAGCAACCCCUUCUUCGGCCAGCAAUAUACCGGUGUGCCCCAGCAAACAGGCUUCAUGCAACAACAACAGCAACACCCCAACAGUAAUCCAUGGGGAGCUCAGCAACAGCCACAGCACGGUAACAGUCUCAUCGACCUGUAA